GUUCACGCAACCGAUUCCGAUGAAGGACCCAACGCACAGAUUCUGUACUCACUUUUAGACUUUGCAAACUUCAAAGUCGAUCCAAACACCGGAUGGAUUACCGCGAAUCGGGUGUUUGAUCGCGAGACACGUGAUUCUUACCAGGUGACAGUCAUUGCAUCGGAUCAAGGUGUUCCCCAAUUAUCCUCAUCCGUGCUACUCAACCUUACCAUUUUGGAUCGAAACGAUCACGCCCCUCGACUAGUGACAAACAGGGAUCAAAGCCGUGGUUCACCGGGUCGCCGGACGUCCGGGAAUCAAUUUGUGGUGGAUGAGAAUGCCCCGGCAAACACUUUUAUUGGAACGUUAGAAGCGGUGGACGAAGACAGUGCAGAGAAUGCCCAGUUGCACUACCAAUUGAUGGCAGAGAAUGAGCCGUUACUAAAAACACGAUUUAGUUUGCUGGCUAACGGAUCGCUAUUUACUGCAGUCACACUAGACCGAGAGGAGCAGGCAAACAAGUCCCUGACAAAUCCACUGUCUACCACCGCGACAGUCACCAUCAUUGUGCGUGACUUGAAUGACAAUCCCCCGGAAUUUAUCCGUCCAAAGGAGCUGAUACACACAACAUUCGAUUUCGAUUGA